AUGGCUUCUAAUCCACCUGCUGCUUGCUGUGCUACUGGCUUUAGACAUGAGGGAAAUCCCCUUGGGGAGCUGAAGAAUGUUGAAGGCGUCAACACAUAUAUCAGUCGUCCUAAGAGUACAGAGACCCCUUCGAACGUGGUUAUCAUAGUGAGCGAUAUAUUUGGUAUUUAUAUCAACAGCCAGCUCCUCGCAGAUGAGUUUGCCGCCAAUGGAUAUUUGGCACUCAUUCCGGAUAUCCUGCAAGGGGAUGCCCUCACGCACGCCGACAUGGAGAGCGGAAAGGUUGACCUGAAGGAUUGGAUUAAAAAUCAUCAACCAACACACAUUGACCCCAUUAUGGAAUCUACUAUCCAGUAUGCCAGACAGGAACUGGGUGCAAAGAGAAUCGCUGGAGCCGGUUACUGCUUUGGUGCUAAGUAUGUCUGCCGCUUUUUGAAGGACAAAAAACUUGAUGUGGGCUAUCUGGCCCACCCCUCGUUUGUGUCUCAUGAGGAACUUGGCGCCAUCACAGGUCCUCUCACCAUCGCUGCUGCAGAAAUCGAUCAAAUUUUCACCACCCAGCUUCGACACGAGUCUGAGGACAUUCUCAAGAAGGCUGGUCAACCUUGGCAUAUUAGCCUCCAUGGUGGAGUCUCGCACGGAUUCGCUGUCCGCACCGAUUUGAGUAACAAGUCUUUCAAGUUUGCGAAGGAGCAGGCUUUCGGACAGGCACUGGGCUGGUUCAAUUACUAUCUGUAA